GGUAAGUGUGGCAGCGCUUGUGCUGCUGGCUCCUGCUGCAGCCCCGGCCCCCGGGCCUGGGCCGCUGCCCUCUGCAGCUCUGCUGCCCUCACUGCUGCCCUCUUGCAGAGCUCCAGCGCAUCCCUGGCCGAGAUGUCCUGCUACGAGCUGUGCCCCCCCAAAGCCAGCGUGGCUGUGCCCAAGCCCAGCGUGGCUGUGCCCCAGCCCAUCGCCGAGAGCUGCAACGAGCUGUGCGCCCGCCAGUGCCCCGACUCCACGGCCUUCAUCCAGCCGCCCCCCGUGGUGGUCACCUUCCCCGGCCCCAUCCUCAGCUCCUUCCCCCAGCAAGCCGUGGUGGGCUCCGCCGGAGCCCCCGCCUUUGGGGGCUCCCUGGGGCUGGGGGGCCUCUACGGCCAAGGGGCCACCCAGGCCUCGGGGGGCCUCUGCACCUUUCCCACAGCCUGCGCUGCUCCCGCCUGCAGCCCUUGGCUCCUGCCCCGCUACUCCAGGAAAAUCUGCUAAAGCCUCACCCAGCAGCCCUACAGCCCUUUGGGGCUCUCAGCCUCUCUCCUCCCCUCUUUCCUCCUCUCCUGUCCCUCUCCCCAUGACUCCUCUCCCCCUCCUGCCCGUGCCCACAUUCCCGACUCCCCCAUGGUCCCACAGGGCACUUGCUUCUCUCUGCAAGAGCCCCUGCCUGGCACAAGCCUGAAGGAUCAGCUCUCUGCCAGCCUGGGCACAUAACCUGCCUGCCUCUGCCUCAUGUGUCUUUG